AUGCCUGCUGAGGAGGCUGAGGAUGAUGGAGCCAAUCCACCCGAGGAGGACCUGGAGCCCGGCCUCACCGACGAAGAUGAGGAAGAAGGUCCGACCCGGCCACCCCUGCCGGAGGACAUGGGCCACCGGGCUGGCUUUCAGGCUGUCUCUGAGGGCCGCCUGGAAGACGCAAUGGUCCUUGCCUCUCUUCCACUGUGGCCUUUCACGAACGAGCUAAAUUCUCGUGGCUGGACGCUGCUCCAUGUAGCAGCGCACGGAGGCUUUGAGGAGCUGUGCGCUGCCCUGUGUCGCAGAAAGGACUUCCUAUGCAUAGACAUGCCGGACAAGGAGUUCUGGGCUACACCCCUUCACCUUGCAGCAGGCAAGAGGCGCCCAGAAUGCUGCAAUGCGAUCGUGCAAAGCGGCCGUUGUGCGAAGGUGAACGCGACGGACCUCAAUGGGCAGACGCCACUCCACCUCGCAGCACUCCGUGGAGACGAGUCGUCCUAUAUGGCGAUUGCAGCACAUCCUGACUGUGAUCCGAUGCUGCCAGACAAGCACGGCAGGUCUCCCUGUGAGUAUGCAGCGGCACGGGGGCUGAAGGUGGACUGUGCAGUUCCAGGAUUCGACGGGAUUGAUCUUUAG